AUGGCGUCGAAUGACGCAGUCUCCUGUAGGUCAUUGCCUGCCGUCCUGCAUUCCAUUGAACCUACUUAUAGCGAGAUCCCAGAUGAUGAAGCGUGUGCUCAUGGGGAAGUACAUGGUCUCCAACAUGUGCCUGUCCCAACACAUACCUACAGUGAGAUCCCAGAUGAUGAUGCUUGUGCUCAGGGGCAUCUGCGUGGUUUCCAACAUGUACCUGUCCUAACACAUACCUACAGUGAGAUCCCAGAUGAUGGGGCUAGGGGACCCAUUGCUUUUUAUUCUAAUUUCGAGUUUCCGCUUUGUGCCGACGGAAAUAGGCGACAAGACCGACGGCUCCUUGGAGGCAACCGCACUACUUCCAGCAGGCAACGGUCUGGAAGCUCCAUUGCCACAUAUGGAUCGACUGGACAGGCCAACGACCAGCGUAACCCCUAUUACAGAAACCCCUCCCUGGCCCAAGGUAUAAGAGCCCGUAGACAGCUGAGGACAGCUCUGGUAUCCCGGCCCGACCAAGAUGUCAGAACGUACGUCAACGUCACGGAUGCUAUCAUGUCCGGAUGUAUUGACAUCAGAAGAGCUCAUAUCGCAUUCCUCACACUGCCUAACACCUACUGGCCAUGGGAGAACCUAGGCCAGGGUUCACGUAGCACAGCACAGUGUGCAUCCCUCCCCACUGUCACACUACCUGACACCUACUGGCCAUGGGAGAUCCCAGAGGAGGGAACCAAUUUCACACGACGACCUGUGUCCCUUCCCACCGUCACACUACCUAACACCUACUGGCCAUGGGAGAUCCCAGGGGAGGGAACCAGUAACACACCACGGCGUGCGUCCCUCCCCACUGUCACACUACCUAACACCUACUGGCCAUGGGAGAUCCCAGGGGAGGGAACCAGUAACACAGCACGGCGUGCGUCCCUCCCCACCGUUACACUACCUAACACCUACUGGCCAUGGGAGAUCCAAGGGGAGGAAACCCGUAACACAGCACGGCGUGCGUCCCUCCCAAGUGUUACACUACCUAACACCUACUGGCCAUGGGAAAUCCCAGGGGAGGGAACCCGUAACACAGCACGGCGUGCGUUCCUCCCCACCGUCACACUACCUAACACCUACUGGCCAUGGGAGAUCCCAGGGGAGGGAACCCGUAACACAGCACGGCGUGCGUCCCUCCCCACCGUCACACUACCUAACACCUACUGCUACUGGCCAUGGGAGAUUCCAGGGGAGGGAAUCCGUAACACGCCACGGCGUGCGUCCCUUCCCGAUGUUACACUACCUAACACCUACUGGCCAUGGGGUAUAGGGGAGGGAACCUGUAACACAGCACGGCGUGCGUCCGUAACACCUUUGGCCAUGGAAGAUCCCAGGGAAAGGAAUAGGUAA